CAUUUUCAUUUCUAAAUUUCGAAACACAACUCAAAGGGCAAUAAUGGCAGCAGUACCGGGACGUGCCCUGCACUAUGUGUUCAAGAUCGGAGAUCGGGCCAAGAACGCCUUCUUCUUCCGAAGCAUCCUGGGAAUGAAGGUUUUGCGUCACGAGGAAUUUAAAGAAGGUUGCGAUGCCGAAUGCAAUGGACCUUAUGACAAUCGGUGGAGCAAGACCAUGGUCGGCUACGGUCCGGAGAGCUCCCAUUUUGUCAUCGAGCUGACAUACAACUACGGCGUGACCAGCUACGAAAUGGGUAACGAUUUCGGCGGAGUCACCAUCCACUCUACCGAAAUAUUGCCACGCGCCGCACAGCACUCGUACCCCAUCGACAAGACGGAAGGGGGCUCUCUGCUCACCUCGCCCGACGGCUACAAGUUCCUUGUGAUCGACCAGGCAGCGCCGACGGCCGACGCCGAUCCCGUGCAGUCUGUGGAGCUGCACGUGAGCAAUCUAGCGGCCUCGCGCCAGUACUGGGAACAGCUGCUGCGGAUGCAACCGCUGGCGGAGAACAAGCAGUCCGUGCGGCUAAGCUACGGCGGCAAGCAGGCGUCGCUGCAGCUCACCCAGAUUCUGGAUCCCAUUAACCGGGCCAAGGCCUACGGACGUAUCGCCUUUGCUGUUCCCUCGGCGACGCAACCGCCGCUGUACGAAGCAGUCAAGGCAGCCGGCGGCACGAUCCUGAAGUCGCUUAUCACCCUGGAAACGCCCGGCAAGGCCACCGUGUCAGUGCUAAUCCUGGCCGAUCCCGAUGGUCAUGAGAUCUGCUUUGUCGACGAGGAGGGAUUCUCGCAGCUCUCCCAGGUGGAGCCCGAUGGCGAGCAGCGACUGGACAAGUACAUUGCCAAGGAUCCCUUCCAGAAGACCUAGUUCCACUCUGGAAUGUGCAUGAUUUGCACAGCUGGGCUCCCUUCCAGCCGAAGUGAUGCCUCUCUGAGUUGUGUUGGAGUUGUACAUAAGUUUUACAUUUGUUUCAUGGCCUAACUAGAAUUUUAUAUCGUGGAAAUCGGGUAAUAAUAUAUAUAUAUUUCGGAUAAAUAUUGUA